AUGAAUAAUUCAUACUACCACGGCAAACAGGCCAACUAUAACAUGUCGAACCAGGGUUACCAGCACUGGCAGCACUGGCAGUAUAAAUUGCAACAACAACAGGUUGCACGUACACACACACGGAGCAGAUGGAGUAGAGGGCCUCCAAAGACGACAAUUAAAACGCCUCUAGACCACACGCUGCUCCGUAACGGAGUUAUACUUUGGGCUCACGAGCCGACACCAGAUACGGGCAAUCAUCCGUCAAAGCCCUUCACUUGUUGUCGAGUCUCGGGGGGUCAUAAAUUGGGUCAUUAUAUGAGCCCAGGUUCUACAGAAGAAGGUGAUAUCACCUUAGAAAUUGUACCAAUCACCAGCUUCGGACGAGAAACCCUUCUGCAAACGUAUUGCACGACGCACCCGAAGCGUUUGGCUUCUGUGCCAAUAAAGUACAAUGGGAGUGGAAGAGGUGACGAAGCGGCAGAGCAUAAAUUGCUUGAAAGUUUGGGGAAGCCACUGUUGGGCCUAGAGAGUGGCGAGACCGGUAGACAGCUCUACCUAGAAGUCAACCACAUUUACCGUGUGUCUCUCAACCAGUUGCAUUGUUACCACGGAACAGACGUGGUAGCAAGAGAUGACGGCUUGCAGAGGGCAAGGUAUGUGCGUUUGAAUAGGGAGAGCUACGGUAAGGUGCGGGAGAUUUUUGGAUUGCCCGCCGAUGAGGCAAUCUUCGACAAGCGAGUUGCGCCAUUGGUGAAACGUAUGGAGUUCAAUCCUCUUGCGGGCGUCUUUAAGAUACCAAAUCCACCGCCAACACCACCGACAACUCCCGAACUGGACGAAGCAGCAUUGGCACAAUGA